CCGAGGUGGGCGUGUUCGGCCAAACACACUACGCAUGGAAACUUCUCCGAGCCUGUCCGCGGCGCUGGGUCCGCUCUGCCCCUUCGCCCCCUGGCUCUGGCAGGGCUGGGGACGUGGCUGGCAGCCCGCGGCUUAACUUCUCCCGAGGGUCCGUCCCUGCCGCCAGGAGCCCAUGGGGGGACAGGGGCGCGCCCCCCGCCAUGACUCCGCUGCAAGGCAAAGGCGAUAAAACGACCCCACCGCCUUAGCCAGAGCAAGCCCCGGCCGGGAGAGGGCCAGCAGCAGCAGCCGCGGAAUCUCCCGGGGAGGGGGGCGAGGGCGACAUGCCAUGGAAGGCCGGGACUCCGGACUGCUGGGCUUGGAGCAAAUGCUAGCGCCUUUCGGGGGCCACCAGCAAGAGAGGACGGCUCGGCUGCUCCCGCGGGACCCCUGGCGAGGCAGCUCCGCAGAGCAAGAGCAAGAGGGGGCGGCGGCUGCGCUGCCUCUGCAGGAGCCCUGGGGCGAGCCGCAGCGGGCCGGAGCCUCUCCCCGGCCGGAGGAUGGGGAGCUGCUGCUGGGGCUGCGCCGCCGCGGCGGGCGGUCCCUGUCGCUGCCCGCUAGCCCCAGCCUGGCGGCCGCCGGGCUCUUCCCGCCGCCGGAGGAGGGCAGCGGGGACUGCUGCACCAAGUGCAAGAAGCGGGUGCAGUUCGCGGACGCGUUGGGGCUGAACCUGGCCAGCGUGAAGCACUUCAGCGCGGCGGAAGACCCGCAGGUGCCGCCCGCCGUGCUCUCCCGCCUGCGGCGCCUGCCCCGGGAGGAGUUCAGCGCCGCGCUCGGCCUGGGCUGCCGGGCCCUCCCGCCGCCUCCCGCCCUGCAGCUAGUGCCCGACUUCCAGCCCGCCGGGGAGGUGGCAGCGACCGAGCGCCUGCGGCGGGAGCGGGUGUGUCUGGAGCGCCUGGGCCGCCCCGCGGCGGCCCUGGACGUGCGGGGCACCGUGCGGGUGCUGAGCUGCCCGGGCCCCAAGGAGGUGACGGUGCGCUACACCUUCAACGAGUGGCGCUCCUUCCUGGACGCAGCGGCCCAGCCCCUGGCCGGCCCUGAGGGGAGCGACCCCCCUACCGAGCGCUUCCACUUCAGCCUGUGCACCCCGCCCGGCCUGCUGGAGGGCUCCGCCGUGCACUUCGCCGUCUGCUACCGCAGCCAGCAGGGCGAGUACUGGGACAACAACGGGGGCAGCAACUACACCCUGCGCUGCUGCCGCCCCGCCCCCUGGGGGCUCCCCGCAGCGCCCAGCACAGACACCGGCCAGGGCGACCCCACCGGGCCCCUCUACUGAGCGCCGCCUGGGACAGCCGUGAACCACACCAGCAUUCCCCAGCCUGGGGCAGCUCCUGCCUUCAGCUUAGCCCGGCAGCAAACCAGCAUUACCCAGCUUGGGAGCAAAAGCAGCGCCUUACUCUGAGCCUAGCUUGGGGGCAAACAAAUUGCAGGGAGCCUGGGGCCAGCCACCCAUUGUGCCGAGCCUGCGGUGGGUGGGGUGUGGCAACAAGCAGCCGGCUAUGAAUGUCCUGCCCUUGACCACAGAAAGCAAACACUCUGUGCCAAGCCUUAGCUGUCAGAGACCACUGCAGAGUGUCCCAUCCCUUGUACUUGCACCCUAGAACAACUCAAUACCACUUUCCUUCUGCAUAGUCACUGGUUUCUGAGCCUUCCAUUAGAAUGUGGCUUGUUUUGUUUAAUUAAAGAGCUGACUGGGGCAGGGGCCUCCUACCAUUAACCUUAAAGUUGUAGAAAAAGUGAGGUCUGACCUGUUGGUUCCGGUAUUGUUAAUUCACCAUUUUUGUAAAGGAAAUGAACUCUCAGGAGCUGCAAGAAAUCAGCACAGUUUCCUCCCACAGACUAUUCUCUUUAAAGUUGUUAAAGAGAACUGGAAACGAUCUUUUUGUGAUUUAUUUUUUUAAAAAUAUUUGUGUCUAACUUGAAGAUGGUGCCUUAUAUGAAAUUUCAUAUUUAAUACACUGAAUUUAAAGAGA